AUGGACAUCGACCUGACCUUCGGCGCAUUCCUGGUCGGGACGCUGGUGGGGUUAAUGACGCUCGAGACCUUCCAUACAGUUGCGUGCGCGCACGUGUGUUACUUCUAUCUCGUUACAAGCUAUCCGAAUCCCAAGGCCCUUUCCCUCGGCGUCUGGUCUAUCGACAUUGCCGUUGGACUUACGGGCAUGAUUGUCGUACUGAGCCAAAGUUUCUUCGCGCGUCGGGUUUAUUUAGUCGGGCCCUCUUUCCGUUUUUUAGUUCUCGUCGCUGUCGUCCUACUUGUCGGAGAGCUUGGAUUCUUUGUUGCGGCAACCACCGAGGCAUUCGUAAUACCGGAGCUCUUUCGUUUCCAGAGGGUCACGUGGCUGAUAUCUACCGGGACUGUGAUGGCUGUUGUGGCAGAUGGCCUCUUGACGAGCGUCCUCGUCACCGUUCUGAGACGGAGCAACACUGGGAUGAAGCGUACGGACACCAUCGUUGAUCUCCUCAUCCUGUACACGGUCAGCACUGGUUUGUUGACAAGCGUGGUGGACUUCUCAUCCUUCAUCUUCUCGCUUGUGAGCACAAAUACGCUCAUUUACAGCGCGUUCGGAAUCGUGGCCACGAAAUUAUAUGCGAACUCGCUCCUCGCUGCCCUAAACUCGCGAAAGUACCUCGCUGAGCGCGCCGCAGCGGACAUAUUCUCAUGCUCCAUAAUCAAUGUGGAGGCUACGCGGGAACUGCCUGGGUCGGGCCAGUUCGCGCGAGCCCUGCCUACCAUUUUUCGCUUGUCAACGAUAAUUGCUCAGGUCAGCCCGAAUUAUGUAGCCGGAUCGAGUUAA